UUUAGAACCAUCCAGAGUGGAGAUUAUGAAGAUUGAUGAAACUGAUUAUUUGAGGGUCAGGGAGAAGGUGCAAAGGAUGGCUGUGAGCGAGGUGGAGAUAAUGGUAGAGGAGGUUAGAGGGAGAGGGAGGUUGGAGGAGAUGAGACUUAAACUGGUGUUGUUUAAUGUUAAAGAGGAUAGGCAGAAUAUUGAAGAGUUUGAGGAUUUGUAUCAGGAGAUUAUUGGGGUAAGAAAUGGAGAUGAGGAAAUUCCUUUGAAGUAUAAGGCUGAAUUCAUGUUCAACUUGUUUGAUAUCUUCUGAUACAAUGGAGGAUACACAAGAUGCAGAUUAUUGAUGGAAAUAUUCAAAGAGUUGUUUGAAACUAAUAAGGCAAACGAUUAUGUUGCCUUCAAGUAUUACUCUGCUUAUUUAUCAGUUGAUUAUAAAUAUGCAACUCUUACUUACAAAACUCCUGAAGAGUACAUUAGAGACAUCUUCGAAGAUAUCAAUAGCAGAGCCUUCCCUCAAGAAGUCGUUACAUUUUUGGAAUUCAAGAAGGAUAUGCUGUUUGCAAGUUACUAUUUAUUGUCAGAUCUUGAGAAGUGGAUGUCUAUUAGCGAUAAACUUCUGGAUACUUGUCAGUCUACAAGAUUUCUCCAUCUAAUGAAAGAUUUCAUCAAUGGAAACUAUAAAAUGAUUUCAAAACCUGAUGAAAAGUUAGGCAAGCAAGUAAGACGUAUACUUCCAAUGAUCAAAGAAGAGCUUAAAACUCAUCCUGAGCCAGAGCUUGCCGACAGCUUCCUUUGGCUAUUGAUGAUAGAUAUCAUGGAUGGAGUGCAACGAAAAGACAAAGAAGAAGUCAUCAGGCUGGCAGAUGCCAUUGAUAAGUUUGCAAAACAUCAUAGGUUUACGAAGAGCCUCCAGCUCUUCUUCAAAAUUAUGACUAGCAUGCAUAUGUUUUCUCUUGAUCCUGAGUCUAUUGACCAGGGUAAGAUCUUUGGGUUCAGAAAAGAAUUUGAAGAGCUGGUCAGCGGAUCUACCUAUGAAAUGAACUACAGCAUGAUGGACGGCUUUGGGCUUCUGGUAAAUAUUCAGGAGUUGAUGGGAGUCCAAAUUGAUUACCAGAUUGCUAAGAACUAUGCUGAUCUGAUCAAAGAUGACAAGCUGUCUUACAUAUGCUUUGUAUCAUCACUUGAGUCUAUCAGCGACCCUACCAUGAAGCCAUAUAUCGAGACUGCUCUUGAGUACUGAGAUGAAUUCGAGAUUGAUAAAUUGCACGAGUUUAGGAUCAACCUUGACUACACAAAUAUUAUAACUAGAGUCAAGGAAAUGUGGUUGAGGGCUUUAGUCAACAUUGGUAUUAUUCUAUUUUCAAAGAGGAGGCCAGUGUCUUCCCUUUCCUCAAAGUUGCUAGAUCGCUUAUUUUCGAUGAAAUUUACUUCAUUAUAUUCAUAAAAUUUCUUGCAUGCUUUAUAAAGUUUCUUUGUAAAGAAUAGAGAAAUGAUGAUAACGUUCCUUUCUUAUUAUUUAUCCAAAAUAAUAAUCAAAUAUCAGGCUUAUGCUGUAAUGGUAAAAUUAAACCAAGGGAGGGUUGAGAUAUAUGAUUUUUCAUGAUAAGGUAGUUCAAACUUCUUAAUCUAUGUUUUAGAACAUUUUCUCACUGAAAUACCAUGCUCUAUAAAUGAGCAAGCAUUUUAACACUCUUUAGGAAGUAACAAUACUUAGAAUAAAUUAUUAUUUGACAUCAUUUAUAAGCCUAAAUUUAUCGAGCAGAAAUCUUUUUAGUUUUUACCAUGGC